GCUCCCAAGAAUAGCAACAGCCUGUGUCACCGCAAAGGGCAAAGCCUUCUGAAAUAGCAACAAAGUUCUUCACAAACCACUUGGUGGUUUGCAUUUGGUUUCAGCCAGCUUCAGCAACUUGUUGCAAUGAGAAAAAUAACCUGCGCUUUCCUCGCUAGCCAGGGAAGGACCGCUGCCCCGUGAAGUGCUCCUGCCCCAAGGUGCAAAGAGGGUGGCAAUGGCACCUGGGCAGAGCACGGAGGACCUCGGCCAGCAGAGCCGGACGAUGAGAGCAGGGGAGGAUGAGGAGAGCAGCCGGGGCAGCCGCCGCAGCAGCCGCCGUCACCUCCACCAGCUCCCGGCUGCAGCAGGCUGUGGAACAUUUGCUUUUCUAUCUUCUGCUGUUGCUGCUGUAAGUGGACUUCUGAUGGGUUACGAGUUGGGCCUUAUCUCUGGAGCUCUUCUUCAGAUGAGCAGCAUAUUAGCACUCUCAUGCAAAGAGCAGGAAAUCAUUGUAAGUUCCCUGCUCUUUGGGGCCUUAUUUGCAUCUCUUACUGGUGGAUUCCUGAUAGACCGAUUUGGAAGGAGACUUGCUAUUAUUAUUGCAUCUUCUUUACUUGUGUUGGGGAGUCUGAUUUUACUGCCCUGUGAAUCAUAUGGGAUACUUAUUGUGGGACGGAUUGCCAUAGGUAUUUCCAUAUCGUUAUCAUCAAUUGCAACAUGUGUGUAUAUUGCUGAGAUUGCCCCACAGCACAGAAGAGGCCUCCUCGUAUCAUUAAAUGAACUCAUGAUUGUGAUAGGCAUUCUCUUUGCCUAUAUUUCAAAUUAUGCAUUUGCCAGCGUACCUCAUGGCUGGAAGUACAUGUUUGGCCUUGUGAUUCCAUUGGGUGCCUUGCAAGCUAUUGCCAUGUAUUUCCUUCCACCAAGUCCUCGGUUUCUUGUCAUGAAAAAUAACGAUGAAGCUGCAAGGAAAGUACUGGAGAGGCUACGGGAAACAUCAGAUGCUACGAGAGAACUUACUGUGAUCAAGUCUUCCCUGAAAGAUGAACAUCAGUAUAGUUUCUUGGACCUGUUUAGUUCAAAAAACAACAUGAGGGCCCGAAUGUUGGUAGGACUCACUCUAGUCUUUUUUGUGCAAACAACUGGGCAACCCAACAUUUUAUUUUACGCAUCAACUGUUUUGAAGUCAGUUGGGUUCCAGAGCAACGAAGCUGCCAGCUUGGCUUCUACUGGAGUUGGAGUGGUUAAAGUGGUCAGCACAGUCCCAGCCACAGUUUUUGUGGAUCAGGUUGGAAGCAAAACUUUUCUGUGUAUUGGCUCUUCUGUUAUGGCAGUAUCGUUGGUCACUAUGGGUUUAGUGAACCGUAACAUACAUGUGAAUUUCACCAAUGUCUGUAGAAGCCAAUCACCAGAGGAUUUAAUUCUACAAAGACCAGGAAACCUCACUGGUGUCACCAAUGGGAGUCUCAAGGACCUCUUUGAAAGACUAUCAUUUGACAUGCAGAGAAGCCCAGAUGUUGCCAGGACAGGAGAACUGAACAGGACUGCCUUGGCAGGAGGCAAAAGCACAACAGGUUCUCACAUGGAAAGUGGGGAGGUCCCCAUUGUCCUGAAAUGGCUCUCGCUGGCCAGCCUGCUUGUUUAUGUUGCUGCAUUUUCCAUAGGCCUUGGACCAAGGAAAGAUGCCUGCAGAGCCCAUGAGAAACGUCACUCUGGCUGUGAAGCGGGGGACACAAGAAAUCUGAGCCUCGUGGAAAUGUUGCUAUGCCUUGCCCAGGGAACAGUGAGUGCCAGCUAAUGAGAUGAGUACAGUGUGGACGUAGAUAACCAAUUCAUUGCCGAAGCUAGAAGUUCCAUGUGACCCUGGAAAUUAGUUUAACACAAAAGACACACUGAGAAAUUCUAGUCAGGGCCACGACCAAGCAUGACCAUUUACUAAAUAAGACAGAGUUAACUAAAAUAGUUGCAGAGCAUCUCAUUUGCCAGAUGCAUUGUUCAAACCACUUGAGGUGCAAAAAAAGUGUUGUCCUUUCUUAUAAAGAGGUGUCACCUCCUUCACUCAUCACUGUUGUGUGGUACAAUAUGUUGCUGUCGAGGGUUAAGAUUGCGGGGUGACAAUAAAACCCUGGCAGAUGUAUUGUUAGCCCCCUCUCCCCCCCCCCCCCACUUCCCCCUCCCUCUCCCCCCUUUCCACUAAGGAGAGGCGAUUGGGAGGAAAAGAAGGACAGAGUGAAGAGAGUUGGAAAAAAUUAAAGAUGUUUUACUAAUGCUACUAAUAAGAAUAGAGAAAAUAAUACAAAAUAUACAAAACCAAUCUUGAAAGUCUCAGCAACUGCAGAGCCAGCAACCAAAGUCCUGGAUUAGACUCUGCAGCCAAUCGGAGCUGGAUUCAGUCUCUCACUAGGCCUCAGUUUGCAGGGACAACUAGUAAGGUCCUCUCCUAAUGUCAGCCAUAAGCAGAAGGGAAAAGGGAAAAGGGACGAGAUCCUCGUGAUCUCCCACUUUAUAUGAAGUAUUCACGUGAAUGGAAUGUUAUACACAGUUGGUCAGUUUCUUGCUCACUUGUUUCUCGUCGCCCCUCUCGCGAGAUGUCCAUCCGUGCUUAUCAAUAAGUUUGCAUUCCAUUGCUAGGUUUACCAAAACACGUGUCUGGUUCUCCAGGAAAAUGCAGUUAAUAUGAAGGCUUUAGCUGACAGGCAAAUUCACUAAAAGAGAAACUUGUUUUUAGCAAAACCAGGACAGUUGCAAUGCAUGAACCAGAAAAGCCAAGCUCCUGGAGUAUCAGACACAAUAAGGCUGCAAAUGUGGGACUCUUGGUGUUGGAUGGAGCAAGUGCAAGAGAGUUCUUUUGCUUAACAACUGUAGGGCAGGUCUAACCUUUCUGAAACAGAAAGUUUCCUCCAUAUUUUCCUGUAGAUCCCCUGAGUGAGGAGGUUUCACUGGAUGAUCUCACUGGUAAGUAUAUAAGAGACAGUAGCACCACACAUAUUAAUACAGGGAUGCAGUGUGGUCUGGGGGCAAUUCUCCUUAUUGAACAAAAGUCAGAGGGGCUCCAACAUGUCCUAGGCUGAGAAGCAAGUAGUGUAGACUCAGUCUGGACCCAACAGGGCAUCUGUUUUCCCAGAACGAAUUUGUUCUGGCAAAUAAAAAGCAAGUGGGCAAUACCUCUUUACACAUAGCGCAGUUUAAGGAGAUCAAUGCCCAUCACAGGGAUUUUUUGUUGUGGAGCAGGGACCACCUUUAUUGAUCGGGGGAUGUUGAGUGCAUGCAUUUGGACUGCAUGUAUGGCAUUGGUGCUGUGCACAAAAGAGGUCUUUGUCCUCUCGGUCCUUAAAACAGGUUUCUGAUCAACUGCAAAGGUGUUUAGGCAGUUGGUCAAUGAACUUUAGGAUAAUUUGCUGGUGCAAAUCACAUCAGCUCCACUGACAUCAUGGCAGUUCAUGCUGAAGGUAUGGAUCAAAAUUAACAAAAGCACCUACAAGUGGGGCUGAGGGCAGUUUCAUGUUGUGAAUCAUCCUCAAAACCAAUUAGAUACAUAAAGUCCAAAUGUAUUUAUUUUUCUGCCAGCCCAUGACUGCAUAUUCUAUUCUAUUCUAUUACUAUCCAAAUUCCUCCCACAUGAGGGACCUGGGAUCGUGGCUUUGUGUUCCCCAGCCUGGGUCUCCCUGAGAAGGGACCAUGACCAUACUCUCCAGCAAGCCCUGCUGUGAUGCAUCAUCUCACUACUGUGGGAGCUCUCUGUGUGGGUCGACAGCCCUGUGAGGAACAAAACCUCUGCAGGGAAGUCAGUGAAGGCAAGCCCCUAGUGGGGGAAAACCUUGGGAAUAUUUUUUUACUGAUGAAGUAAAGUUUGGGAUGAGAAAUGCUAGUUUAAACUAGAGAUUCUAGUUUAAGCAUGGGCAGAUUUGCCAUAUUGAGUAUAUCCGGGUUAAAUUUAUGUCAGCCUCAAUGGGUGCUUUAAAACUGAGCUAAUUUAUACCUAAAAUGGAACAGAUGUUUCAACGUGUUUGGAAAUUUAACUGAUGUGGGAGCCAGAUUCCUCAGAUGAUCAACAAAGGGAAAUAUUCUCCCCACUUAACAUGGGCUUUCAGAUCCCUGGUCUCUGACAUCUCCUUUGGCACACCUUUCCUUUCCUCACCACCUACUGAGGAAGUUUAGGGUGAUCAGGAAGCUGAAUUAGACUGUGUGAUACCAUUUCACACAUAACGUGCUUUAACUUCCGGUCAGCCCUGAAGUGGUCAUGCAGUUGGACUAGAUGAUUAUUGCAAAUCCUUUCCAAGUCAACUACUCUAUUAUUCUGUUCCCAUGUAAAAAACCCACUUGUUUUGUCUACCUUUUAUUGUGAGCUGUUGAGGUCAUUUAAAUGCAGUUUUAAACCCAUGUCAGGGACAGUGGGGAAGAUGGGAGAAAGAUCAGGCAAGAAGGAUCAAGGAGGAUGGAAGAAAGCUCAAGGGCUCACAAGAAAAGUGAAAUCCAUGGGCGUGAGGAAGAAAGUAAAUCUCUCUUUCAGUCCAUCACUCUCCUUAUGCAAUCUUAUGUGGUCUGUUGUGGUCUUUCUUUAUGUAUUUUAUUCAAUUAAGCAAGCCAAAACCCAGACCUGGAACAUUGCCCUAAAGCCCAGUGAAUUACCCUGGAGACAAAUUUAGUCCCCUUGACUCUGCUACUGUGAUUCUUUGGUUAACUAACUACCUGAGUUAAAGCAUGAUUCAUUAGCACAGUUAUAUGCAGGACCUUUUCUGGUUUUUGUCCCUGCAUUUUGAAAUAUUGUAAGCUGUAUGGCUUUGCACUAGCUUGGAAAACACGGGUAAAAGGUAUGAGUGUCUAGAAUUCACAUCAAUAUCUUUGAUGUUAGAGCAAUAUUUCAGACUUUUACAAAACAUGUGGUUAUUAUAUUAAUUUAUAAUGCACAUAAAUUUGUUGUUAACAGGCAUUCAUGCUCAGCAUUGCUUUGCAUGACAUUUGUUUGCAAUGUGGUUUUUUGAGCUUCUACAUUUUGCAGCGCUGCUGUGGCCUGACCUUAAAUUUCACAGAAAUGAACAGCAUCAAAUUUAUAUUGUAUUGUGGUUUACUCUGGAAAAAGAGAUAGUGGUAGGGAUUAAAUCAAGUGCUCAAACAUAAGCGAGUGCUUAAAUAUUUGGUUGGAUCUGAACCAGGAUAAUAAGCCUUGGAAAUGUGCAUGUUUCACUGAGGAUCAGUACACAAAAGUCCUAUUUUUCUCAAUUUAAAAGUGAUCUUGAAUUCUUUAUUUUAUGACAAGAUUCCUAGCACUGUUCAUUUGUACUGAAUCAUCUUUUAAUGCAUGCAUCCAUGUGGUUUGAAAAUGACACUCCUAGUAUUUAUCUAGUUCAUUAUUCUUGUUCUGUUCAAAUGGUGCCUCAUGAGGCCUUUAUUUUACACUGUAUCAGCUGUACACUACCAAGCUGCAGUAGAAAGACAAGACAUACCAAAAUGAAAAAUAGAACAAGGAUUGUGAAUUGCUUGCUUUUUCUAUUGCCUCACCCCAGACAAGGUUUAUCUAAAACCCCUUUUUAACAUGUCGGCUACCCCAGGAACUGGUUUGCCUUUUCACAGAAUGUUUGUGGUAGUGAAGUGCAAACCAAUUUAGAAUCUUUUUGGAUAGCUGGAUGCUGAUUUACAGAAUUUCAAAUUGCACGAUGUGUUUUCAAAAAUACCAGCCACAUAGGUUAAUGUUAUCUAACUUGAGAGAACCUACAAGUUUGGAAGGCUUUUUUAGGUGUGAAAAUGGUCACAACAAGGAAAAAAAUAUCUUUCACAGUAAUAAGACAUGGCAAUGUCACUGGGAGGUUCUUCCUAAAUAUUUUAGGACUCCAUUUUGCAAGAAGCAAAGUAGUCUUUUUCAACGCCAAGGCUGAACUUAAACUGCGUACUGGUGUCCAUAACUGAAAUGUAGGACAUCAUUGCCACUGACUUCUGUGCUCCUCUUCAUGAUUUUACUUUCAAGUAUAUGAAUGAGGGAAAGUCUUGGCAGAUCAAGCCAUGGGCUUUGCCUUCUGAAAGACAGAGACCUUGGUACUGUGAAAACAGGGAGCCACAGCAGCAUGCCCCAGCCAAUGCUCCCGUCUCUCUGCAAUGACAGUGGUUCAAUCUGCUGCUACUGAACACAAAAUUUGGCCCUCUGAGAACUACCUAGAAAAGGCAGGGGACUACUUGUGUUUUGGCAUACUACAGUCCACUUAAACAGUGACUGGAGCCAAUAUUCUGAUCUUGGUGCUCUGGAUUAUAUAAAUAUCUCUCUAGUAAUAGUUAUAUGUUAAUAAACAUAAUGAUGCAAAGGUGCUGCUUAAGAGGAAUGGCUCCUGUGCCUAAAAUUAGGCAUAGUUUUAAAGUUUGACUCAGAUUAGUUAGUGAUUAGUUAGUGAUUAGUUAGUUAGUGACUCAGAUUAGCUCGCCAAAAUAAAGCAUUUUACCUCCAGACCCACUUUAUAAGAAGUUCUAGAGAAUUAAUCUUGCUGCAAUUCUAACUAGAAAUUGGGCCUAACAAUCCCCUUUUGUUCUACAGGAACAUUAUAUUCUGUAAAGUGGUGCACUGUCAAGUGAGUCUAGCAUACCAUCUCCUACAAGCUUUCAUACGAUAAUCAAGGCUGUGUAUCAUCAGCCAAAUUUGCCCUUCUUACUUUGUAGGCCAAGUGUUGCAUUUAAUCGUUCAGUAGAAGUGGCCUUUGAUAGUCAUAUCAAAGACAACGAAAGAUUUUACAUUUGUUUUCCUUGACCAUGUUCUGGAGAGAAGAUCAUUGUGACACUGAAAUGUGUAAAAAAGUUGAUGGGGCAUAUGUCAAGCUUCAUAAAAUCCAGUUUCCCUUGGGAGAGAGAGUUGGGAGGAAUUUUUUAGAGGGAAUCUGAUCUUGGGCCAGCUUUGUGCAAAAACUAGAACUGUCAGUAGGACUUCAAGUGCAAAGAUUGUAUCUUAUUUCACUUGUAAAGAUCACCAAACUAAAACAUGUGAGAAAAUAAUAAUGGUAGAAAGGUAAAAAUGUCCAGUCACUGCUGAGGAAGGUGGAGACUGGCAGCCCAAGUGCAGAGGGGAUGGCCCGAUGGUAAGUCUGUGCAUGGAGUCAGGAGACUGUUCCUCUCCACAGCAUCUGAGUUUCAAUGUCAUAUUGAGCUCAGGGAGGAAAGCCAGGGAAAGGGGGCACAGCAGGACCUCCAGCUGCUGAUGCCUUUGAAAAUCCACCCUCAGCCAGAAAACUGUUAUGAACAAAGGAGAACUAAAAGACACGUGCUGGGUGGCCCAGAGCCUUCACACCUUCCUCCUUGCUGCCGCCCUUCAGCAGCAACUGAAGUAAAGCAUGAGCAGCAGCGGCCAGUGAGGGGCUUGAUCAUUGCAGGCCUCUCACCAAACACAUCAGUGUUGUAACAGGUUGCAUAUCCUUUCCACUGGGCAUUUUCUGAAGCAUAUGCACAAACCUCUGUUUUGCAAGAGCAAAGGCUUAAGUUGCCCCAAACUGCAGUGUCCCAACAGCAAUUUUCUGUUGUGCACCCCUUUAAGGACCAACAUUGGCCUUUAGAUACUGGAAAAACAGGCUUGUUUACCCCACCCAGCUGGGUUUUAAAAAGUGAAUUAUGUGAUAAUCUGAACUAAUUCAUGCACAACUUCUUCAUGAAUUAGACCCUCUGGCUUCUGCAGUCAUUCCUCUGAAAAUGCCUUAGAGGAUUAUCCUGGAUUCAAUAUUCUGAACAAAUAAACAACUACAAACAGGAAUAUACAUUUCAGGUUUUAAUUAAAAGGCCUUUUUUUGAUUACAGUAUCAUUAUAAUAAGCUUAUUAUAACAAGUACAUUUUCCCUUGAAAGCUUGUUUUCUUUUCUUGUUUUUUUGUUUUUUUUCUCUCUCUCUUUUUUUCUUUCUGUUUGCCCUCCAAGUUGUUCUGCCUUUAUGGGACAGUAUAUAGCAAAAGAUGAGAGAGAGAGACAGUGGCUGUGAAAUCCAGUUGCAAAUAGAAUUGUCAUCUCAUACAUCAGUUCAAAUCAGCUUCUAUUAGGGGACCAGAAAAUAUGUACAGACUAUUACAUACCUGCCCACAGUAAAUCUAUGAUGCAUCCAACUGAUGUAUUUGCAGCUGAGUACUGUUGUUGCACAAGAUGGGCCACAAAUCACAUUAACUAAGAAAAUUCUACCACUCCCAGAACUUUAUACAUCUAUCAUUUCUUGCCCAGUAAUCUUUCAUAUUGGAAUCACUGCCUAUAAGAAAGACCUUCUGGUUUGUGACUACUCUUUGAAGCAGAAAAAUGGAUGGUAAUUGAAGAUCACUGAAAACAGGUUUAAGAAUACAUUUAACAGCUUGCAUGAAACCUGAAAAUGUAUACCAGGCAUUACAUUUUUUUUUUCAAGUUCAUGGAAAUAAAAAUUACAACAGUAAAAAAAAAAAAAAGUGUGUAAAAUGCAGGCUCACAGUGG